UCCAGUGAAAAAAUGGCGUCGUGGCAAGCUAGAGUUGUUCAAUAGACAAAAAGAUGAGGUGGUAUCUAAGAGAAGGCGAGUGAAUCGUGAAGUGAUAAAAUAACAAGAAAGCGUCGCUUUGGAUGAAGACAAGUAUGGGGUCUAAAAACAAAAAGAGAGUGAUCCUUCCAUCCCGACCAGACCCGCCGUCCGUUGAGCAGAUUCUCGAAGACAUCAACAGAGCUUUUCCGAAUGAUCCGGUCUUCAGCAUCCUGCAGGAUGGCAUCCAAGAUGUGAAAGCGGGGUCGACGGACAGCGAGGUAGAAAGCCGGUAUCUGCAGAGCCGACGGUACCUGGAGCUGAACGAGAAGCUUCAGGAGGCGCGUGGCCAGCUGGCGCGGCAGAGGGAGGAGCUGAGGGCCGCGGGAGAGGAGCUGCAGCACAGUGUCGCAGAGGUCAAGGGGAGAGCGCUUUGAUGUGCCGUCACAACUUUUUGGGGAAAUUGGGGUUUUCUGUACCCUCCGUUAUUGACCUUUUAUUCAGAACUUUUUUUUAACACAAAAGUGAUGCGCUAAGGUAGCAAAAUUGAGAGGGGUGGUAUCCCACUGGAAAAAAAAAAAACAAAUAUGAAGCUUUGCCUAAUGAGUCUUUCAUAAUAUUCUCAACACCAUAAUUUAAUGUGAGUUUACUUUAAUUUUGCAUAAGGAAGGAGUUUAUUUGAGAUUUCUACAGAGUCUUAUUUCAACAAAUGCAUGCAGUAGACCUUGCAUGAUUACAGAUUUUCUGAAGUCUGCUAGUAAGGAGAUUGACUGGUUGACAGUGGCAAAAACCCCAAUUAUAACAUGCGUGUGCAUUCUUUACAAAUAAAGUAUAAAAUGGGAAAUACUCGUGUUAAUCCACUGUUCAUUCAAUUUUCAUGUAGUUGUCACUUGAUACAUAAAAAUAACCAUCUUUUCUCCUUAGAGGCUGGCCAACAACUAGUUAUUAGUGUUUCCAUGGGAACUGAAAAUUGUGGUUUUGAUCAAAAGUAAAUUUCCAAUUUAAAUUAUGUAUUUAACUUGUAUAUCAGCUGAUCAUCUUCCUGUACAUCAGCAGAUUCUUUUCUACUGUUAGCUGCUAAGCUCAGCAAGUUACUUUCUUUCCCCCCUCAACAUUUCAGACAGCAUAAGAACACCAAUUAUGUUUUAUUUCCAUCUUCUAGUUUCAAAGAAAAUUAAAAUGGAGCUGGUCAUACAGCAGUUGCCUGUCUUAUAAAUAUUGACUACAGGGGCAUUUGUAUUGAAAGACAUUCUAAAUAAAGCCUUGAAAUAAUGCACUUUAAAACAUUAUUUUUUUAAUAUUUGGUUGUAGCGUCAGCUGUUUUUGACUAGUCUGCCAGUCUAAAUAUACAGUAUGGGGGUAUUUUCUUUGCCAUGCAUCACAUAUUCGUUUAUUUCAUAUUUAUUUCAGUUUGUUAACUGGAAUGUUUUCGGUGAAAUCAUUGUGAGGACCUCCGUGUUGACGAGGAUGUCUUUCUUGUGAAGGUGUCCAGGUGAAAAGUGUAGUUAUUAGUCAAUCAUGAACUGUUUUUUUUUUUUUUUUUUUAACCUUUCAUACUUAUAUUCACAUUGAAUUGUUAUGGUGUAAAUCAUCCCCAUACAUUAAAAGGGUUGAUAUGACUAUUGUAUCAUUCCUCCCUAGAGCUGAGUACAUGAACUCAAUAGAGCAGCCGAGGUAUUCACUUUGUGUCUUUUUUUCUGACUGGGUAGCAUUCAGCCUCCCAGUUUAAUAUUACAGCUGUCAUCAAGAAAACUCCUGCCUCCAUGGAAUACUCAGUGGAAGGUCAUUAAAGCAUCGCACCUGUGAAUUAUUAACUAGAGGUUCAAAAUAUGAUAAUGAGCAUAACUGGCACAUUCAUUCUGAUAACAUUUGAAAAUGAUGAUGUAGUGUCAGCUAGAAAAAAACUGGGAGCAAAACUCUGGAAUGGUCAGCAAUAUGGACAUUUAUCCUGUCAUACAAGAUCAACUGCUGAGCAAGUUUUUAAACCACCCCCUGCAAAAGUGGUUAUUGAUCUGUCCAUCCAAUUUGAUGUUGUGACAGGACAAUAUGGAUGUGUGACAGAGUGUCUGUAAAAAUCAAAGCAUUAUGAUGUAUGCUGUUUGCUUACUUCUGGAUGACAGAAUGAGUAAGUAUGUUGAAGGCAUGCUAUA